UCCGCCCCCUACUUCCCUGUUGCUGCACGAAGUGUCACUUCGGCUUGUUCCGGGUUAAUUGUGCUCUCUUUUGCAGGCUACCUUUUCCCCCCUCUCGUUUUAUUUUUUGCUUUUUCCUAUUUUACAAUGUCUCUCUUAUUAGAUAAUCAGUUCUCCGAGCUGCCUGAUACCAGUGAAAUUGCUACAAAGUCGUUUUUGGACUCGGUAUCCCAUCUUCCGUCUUUCUUCGACUGUCUCGGUUCCAAAGUUUUUUCUCCCAUCAAAGCCGACAUAAAUGGUAACAUCACAAAAAUCAGAGCUGUAUAUGACUCCGAUCCAGUGAAGUACGAGACGCUUCAGAAGAUCCUGGAAGCUGAGAAGGGCAUGUACGGGUCCGAAUGGCCAAAAGCAGGGGCCACGUUAGCGCUCAUGUGGUUAAAAAGAGGCCUGCGCUUCAUUCAGAUCCUGCUGCAGAGUUUGGCAGAUGGCGAGCGAGAUGAGAACAAUCCCAACCACAUCCGUGUCAAUAUCACUAAAGCCUACGAACAGGCGCUGAAGAGAUACCAUGGCUGGAUAGUACAGAAGAUUUUCAAGGCUGCACUUCUGGCUGCGCCAUACAGGUCAGACUUCCUGAAGGCUCUAUCUAAAGGUCAGGCGGUGGCGGAAGAAGACUGCCUGGCGAACAUUUGGCAGUUCUUGGUGAACUUUACCACCACUGUGGACGCCAUUUAUGAGAUGUACAGAGUGAUGAAUGCUGAGCUGGACUACACGGUGUGAAGGGUUGUGUCAUGGUGCCUCUCUCAGGUCAGACAGCAUUCCACUGGAAAUAAUCAGUACUCAAAAUCAAUGCAACUCUCAUUUUAUUAUUUGUAUUUUUCAUUUUUGUUUUUGCGGUGAGAGAAUUUUGUCUUAGCAUGGAUUAUACAAAAAAAAAAAAAAAAACUGAAGUGCAUUUGCAUAUGGUGUCUCUGAGCAGAGAGAUGCUGAACUUCCUAAUGUUUUAAGACUACUGUAUCAUAGUGUGUUACAGUUAUGAGAAGAACUUCUAACUGGUUUGACGAAAGCUGUUACUGGUUUGACAGAAGCAUGCUUCUGGAAAUCUAGAGGAAAUCCCAAACGCUAGAGUCUAACAGAAGAGUCAUUGCAGUAACCCCUGAACUCAAAAAGCUGAUUGAGAAAUGGUUUUACUCCUUGUACAUGGCUGAUUGCGUUCAAGAUACACAGAAUAUAUGAUACAGUUUUCUCUAUGAUACGUUUUCUCAUCAAUCAUUACUUAAAUUUUAAGAACUCUUCUCUUAAAUACUAGCAUUUGGGACAGAUCUGUGAUCCAAACUUACUGAUAUCUUCGGAUGCAUCUGAAUAAUAAGAGCCAGAUGUUUGUGUAGUAAUAAUAAUAAUAAGAAGAAGAACUAUUUAUAUAACACAUUUCAUACAAAUGAAAUAAAAAUAAGCUUAGAAAAAGGAGGGAUAAAUACAAAAUAUAAGAAUAGGACUGAACCAAACAAGGAUUUGUGAUUCUUAUUAAAAAAAUUAAAAAAUAAGUAAAAAUGGAAGAUAAAUUAUGACAGAAAAUAAAAUCUAAAGAAAAGGUAUGUUUUUGUAAACUUAACAGAAAGAGUUCCAGUGUUUUGGAGCGCUAAAAGGAGCCUUAACACUCCUUUCGUGUUUUUGUUAAUUGGACAGAAAGUCGUCCUGCAUUUGAUGAUCUUCGACGUUGAUUUCUGUGGCUCAUAUUCAGUUAGACGUUCUGUUAUAAUAGCGGUAUCAAAUUAUUUAUAGCUUUAAAGCAAAUAAAAAAAAUUAAGAUCUAUUCUUUAUAACAUUGGACAUUGUCGUAAACGCGUUGUUGUAAUUCAAGUAAGAGAAAACAACAACAACAAAAGAAUAGGUCCUAACAUUUCGUGAUUGGAUGUUUAUUAGUUUCUCCCUCUUUGCACUUUACCCAGAGGGAAAACAUUUCAGUUUUGUCCUCAUUUAUAUUUUAACAAAUGCAUAAAGAAGUGCCUCGCAACAAAUCAAUAAUUUCCCAUGUCUGUGAUAAUAUUCAUUAAUAUGCAAAGAUAUUGGUGACUAAUUUUUAUAUAUAAAGCAGUUUGCAGUUUUGCUAUAUGAUUGAUAUUACUGUUCAUACAAAGACUGACUCGUUAACUGAUGAUGAUAUCAUACAUUCAUAAUCCUGCAUACUGACAGCCCAGGGUUUGCUGCACAAAACCGAUGACUAAGUUGCUGGCUAUUUGAUUAUAAUGCUUAUCUGCAAAUUGAUCAUUUACGAGCGUAUAUAUUUACACUCUCAGGGUGUACAGAUUGUAAAAGUAUAUACUGUUCUGUAUAUUAUUGAAUGAAGCAAGCAAUUUUAGCAAUCAUUGUGUGGUAUAUUGUGUCAGUUAAUGGAGAUUUAUGUUCGAUUAUGAAAAUAAUCAUAUAUUACUGUUACAGGUUGGCAUGAUGUUUGAUUUGCACUUUUUGUGUCAUUCAUGUGAAACCGUGUAAAUGAAUGCAGAAAGAAAGGGUUAUAGCUUUCCAACAUUACAAAACCUCACUCUCAAGUUUAUUCAAAAUGCAAUAAUAUUGCAUUUUAUAUAUAUAUAUAUAUAUAUAUAUAUAUAUAUAUAU